GUUUCAUACUCGCUCACAGAAAAAAGAAAAAAGAAAAAGUGGUUUCAUACUCAUCAGACGGCACUCUCAGACAUGGCCGGUGACUCCCAAAUCGCAUCGGUUCAAGAAAGUAACGGAGGAGGAGGUGGAGGAGAAGAAGAACUGAAUUUGCCGACCGGUUAUAGAUUUUGGCCGGAGGAAAACGAGCUUAUUUCGCAUUAUUUGACCAACAAGCUGUUGGGCCGUCCACUCUCCGCCAACAUCAUAAAAGACAUUGACUUGUACGAGUAUGAUCCUCAUCAGCUUCCCAUCGAUAAGUUCAGGUAUGGUAUGAGGAAUGAGGCAUAUUACUUUACCAACACUCGACCAAAUCGAACUACUAAGAAUGGUUAUUGGAAGGCAAUUGGUGAAGAUGAACAAGUUUUUGGUGGUGAUGGCGGCACUGAAAUUGUUGGGUUCAAGAAAUCUUUCAACUUUUAUUGGGGACUAGAACCAAAUGGUGAAAAGCGACCGUGGAUAAUGGAAGAAUAUAGACUCAAUCCAAGCAUAAUUCCAGCUGAUGCACUUACUGACAGCAUCACCCAAAAGAUGGAGAGGCUUGUAGUAUGCAGAAUUCAAAAAGAAGAAGGUGGAGAUAGCAAGAAUUCAACAUUAAAAUUCAUUGCUUCCGAUAUUGGAGGAAACCAAAAUGAUAUAUAGUAUGUAUAAAUCUACCUACAAAGACCUACAACUGGAGUUGGUCGCAAUCAAGUGCUUCAGUGAAUGUUGAUCCCCUUUUUAUCUGUUGGUUCUUAUUAUUUAGAGGAAAACUCAGUUUUUAAUUUUAUUAUAGUGUUACAGUCUUAUCUCUUUGAGUAAAGGAUUCCGCUUACUUCCAGUUUUUCA